AUGGCGGCUCUUUUUGAUGGACUGAUGUUAAGAAGAAUUUUUCUUAUGUUUUUCAUAUUUUCGAGAUGUUCGAUCGUUUACGGCUGGGAUUCUGUAGAUUUAGAGUUAUUCGACCUUGUAGAAGAAAUCAAAGAUAAUUUUUAUGACAUACUUGGGCUAAAACAGGAUGCAAGCCAGGCAGACAUCAGAAGGGCAUAUCGUAAACUGUCUCUUCAGUUGCACCCUGAUAAGAACAAAGAACCUGACGCUGAGGUUAAAUUCAGGCAGCUUGUUGCAGUAUCAGAGGUUCUGAAAGAUGAAGAGAAAAGAAAAAGAUACGAUGGCAUUCUGCGUGAUGGCCUGCCAGAUUGGCGACAGCCUGUAUUUUACUACAGGAGUGUGCGCAAAAUGGGACUUAUUGAAUUCACAAUCCUUCUCUUUUUGAUAUUAACCAUUGGACACUACAUUGUGGCUUGGUCUAUUUAUUUGGAGAAAAAACUUGAAUUGGAAGAGCUCCUAUUUUCCAAGAAAAAACGCGAGGACAAGAAACGGAACAAAAAGUUGAAAUCCAAACUGAAUGAUGAAGACAUUCCUGAUCUUGCAGACAUAAUGGUACAAGAGGUUGGUGUGUCAAAACCCACACUGCGCGACCUGCUGCCAUUCAAAAUGACGCUCUGGCUGAUUGGGUUCUGUACGUCACUGCCUGAGCAAUAUCGGGCUAUGGUGGAAUACUUGGAAGAAAGAAGGAUGGAAAAGAUUGAGGAAGAGGAUGAAGAUGACGAUGAUGAUGAUGAAUUGGAAGAAAAACCAUCAAGACCACGAAGAAGACAGAGAGUAAACAUUCCACAGGAAGAUACAGAAGACAACAGCUGGGAGGGUGCUCCUGUCACCAAUGUGUUAAAGAUAGCCACAGAUAACGGCGACCAUUCCGCUGUAACAGAGAAGUCAGGUGAAUGGACAGAUCACGAACAAUCCCUUCUUACCCGUGCUAUGGUGAAAUUUCCCGGGGGGACACCGAACCGUUGGGAAAAAAUUGCUGUAGAGAUUGGGAGAUCAGUAGAAGAGGUUACAAAACAAAUGAAAAAGUUAAAACAAUCCUAUGGAGCACCUACUCAUUCAUCGAACGCAGGUGAAGGUGACUUAAGUACGCUAGUAAUAAACAAGAAAAAGGCAAUGGUGAGCGAUGAAUGCCUGGAGCAAGCUGACGAAUGCUACAACUUUGGAAGCAACUCAAAUCGUCGCCGUAACAAAUCGUCGAGAAGUCAACAGACGACAAAGAACGUUGCCGAUCGGCCCGUAAGCGAAGUAUCUGUACCGUCCGUGUUGCGUGACAGGACUUCAGAGCAAUCGGAUGGCGUUACUAAGAAAAACGUGACAGAUGAUGACAGUACUGCGUGGAGUCAGAAUCAGCAGAAACAGUUGGAGAUUGCGUUACAGAAGUUUCCGAAGACUGUGGCAGAUAGAUGGACUUGUAUAGCUGAGGCUGUGCCUGGCAAGACUAAGGAAGAAUGUAUUUUGCGGUACAAAUUUCUCGUGGAAUGUGUUCGGAAAAAAAAGCUGGCCGGGCAGCAACAGUAAAUGGAAAUAACUCUUUCAAAUUGUGAAAUUAUUUUUUUUCCAUUAACUUAUCAAAAUUUGUAAAGAGAAUUCAUUAAAAUAGAUCACUAUUAAAUUGGUAAUUGAAACCAUAACCAUGAAAAAAAUCGUAUUUCUUCUGUCUUGUUAUGUAGGAUAAAAUCUGGUUGUCUCGUGGUAGUUCUUUUGGAUGUCACGCAAUGCUCUUAUUGCAUGUUAUCUCAAAGAACGCCCUAGAAUAAGACCUACAUUCUGGUGAGGCUUAGACAAUCCUAAUCAUUCUUCUUGUACGAUAAAUCAGAAUAAUUCUGCUACUUAAUGAGUAAAAAAAUGACAGAAUUAAGACUAACGUUAAAGACCAGCGGGCACAAAAAAGACCAAAUGCACAGGCUACUAAUUGAUAAAAUGCAACAGAAGAUCAGGGGCUUUUAUUCACAACCGGCAGAAUUUGCUAUUUUGUUUUGCCAAUAUAAGCAAGUCUGUAACGCCUUUCGUUCGUCCAACAAGUUAUUGAAUAAAUUCGUUCUUAACUUGUAAAAUAUCCAUGUUGCG